AUGAUGCAAGCUCUUAAAACGUCUGGAAAACUAUGUUGCUUUGCCCCACGGACCCGCCGCCAAAAUGCAACAACGUGUCCGGCCUUCCGCCGGUCAGACCAAGCUGUGCUGCUUUACGAGGAACAUUUGGCCUCCAUCCGGUACGGCAUCCAAGCGGGCCUUGCCGAAUGCCGGUCGCAGUUGCACCGCCGGUGGAACUGUUCCAUGACCACCGAGAACGUCGGUGCUCCGUUCCUCGGACCCGAUUUGCAAACAAGCAGCCGGGAGGCAGCAUUCGUGCAGGCGAUCAAAGCAGCCGGCGUUGCGCACGCCAUGGCCCGUGCCUGCAGAGACGGACGUUUAAACACGUGCAGUUGCUCGAGAUCGGGAAGACCAAAGGAUUUGAGAAGGGAUUGGGUUUGGGGUGGUUGUGGAGAUAACAUGGAAUACGGAUACAAGUUCACUAAAGUGUUUUUGGACGUUAAGGAAAAAGAGAAACGGUGGAAAAAGGGAUCUCCGGAACAAGGUCGAAACUUGAUGAACCUACACAACAACGAGGCUGGCAGAAGGGCAGUGCUGAAGAAGUCUAGAGUCACUUGCAAAUGCCACGGCGUUUCCGGUUCAUGCAGUUUGAUCACGUGUUGGCAGCAAUUACCGUCUAUUCGCGAGUUGGGUGAGUACCUGGGCUAGCCGGAUGAGUUUAUAAUUUAUAAUACACUAAUUACGCCUAAAAUAAAAAUAACAAAUUAUUACAUGACGGAAAUUAGGAACUCGGUGUACGACAACGCCGAUGU